GCUCGGCCCUUCCAUCUCAUGUGGUAAUUUUUAUUAAACAAUUUUUCAUUUAACAACGAAAAAUUAUGCAGAAAAACAUUUCCACAGUAUACGUAGAAAUCAGGGGCGGACUGAAAACUCAUGGGGCCCCGGGCAAUAGGGGAUCAUGGGGCCCCUGUGUCCAUGCCUACACUCAAAGCACACCAAAAAAAAUCAUAUAAAAAGGUACCAGUGGCAUUUCAUGGGGCCCCCUACUGAUCCCGGGCCCUCGGGCAGUGCCCGAGUGCUCGAAUGGUCAGUCCGCCCCUGGUAGAAG